CGUUUCACUGUUGCAGUCUAUUUUGUGUCCCUUGUAAUUCGCGCGCACCCGCGCCUCUCUGGCCAGCCCAGUAUCCCCGUUGCGCUCGUUCCCGCGCCAGCUCGGUGGAAAAAAAAAAAAAACUGCAGCGGCUGUUGCUGAAGCCACGCAGAGAGGAGCCGUGUUCGAAAAAUCUCUGGCUCUGCCGAGAGUUCAGCUUCACACACCUUUGGAUUUGUGUUAUUCCCGUCGAGGACGACAUUGUCCAAACCCGGAUUUAUGGCUGCCAAGAAGUGUUAGAAUCGACGGGAAGACAUUUGGCGACCAAGAGAUCCAUUUGAUAAGAGUUCCAGUAAAAUCAAACUGGUCUUGGAGGGGGUCAAGCUCUGAACUGAGAAUCAGAUUGAAAAUUUGGCUGCAGCCUGAAGGUGCCCUGUGGCUCUGUCUGAAGCGGCGAGUUCUGGGACUCUCAAUUUGACAAUACUGGAAGCAACGGGGAGCCACGUUGCCUGGCUGGCUCCAGCAGUAGGUGCCCCCUGCUCCACCAACUGGGACUCCAUGGCUGCCAGUGCUGCUGCUUGAUUCAUUGCACUGUCCAGUGUUCCCCCACAUUUGAUGGUAAUUUGGGUUCAUCAUUGUUGUUCUACAGUCACUUCCUGUACACUGUAGCUUAAUGGAGGGGUUUCCUGUCCACUGAACAGGCUGCCUUUCCGGAUCAGCAGCCAUGUCAGCCUGCAGCACUUUCACGGAGCACGUGUGGAAACCAGGCGAGUGCAAGAACUGCUUUAAACCUAAGAGUCUGCACUGUCUGGCUCAGAGUGGAGGAGGGAAGCCUCCCUCUGAGCAGAGGCCUGCAUCAAAUCAGCAGCAAAAUCUACCACCUGCUGGAGCCAAAGCCAACUCUGCCCUUCCCACCAACUCCCAGAGGGCUGGCAGUGGGCCUACACGCUCGGGACACUUCCGUCCACCAGUGGCCAAGAAACCAACCAUUGCGGUUAAGCCCACUAUGAUGCUGCCCUGCUCCUCUGCAGGACUGGAUUCAGAUAACAACCAGCAGCAAACAUCAAAUGUGAUAGAACAAGGAAAAACAUCAGCAUUCACGGUAUGGAAUCGCAACGGACUGAACUGUAAGAGGCCUGGUGGGCCUAGCAACAACAAUGAAGGAGAGGAUGCUAGUGAAGAGAUUGAAGGUUAUGGACAGCUUAGCCCAAGGACACCUAGUGGAAAUAAUAACAGUGGGUUGACAGAUGUCCUUAAGGAGAUUGCUGGUUUGGGCCCUAGCUGUAGCCCCACAACCCUGUCUGGGUCCAAGGAUUUAUUUUGGGGUCGAAUCAGUAGUUCAUAUCGCAGGUCCUUGGAAAGAGGCCUACCAGCAUCCAGCUGUCUGGCCAUGGGAAGUAGCGGCAGCAGCAGUGGUGGUGGUGGCACUGCUCAAAAACGAGUAUCCCUUAGUGAUAGCACUAAGAUCAUCAGCACAGAGGGUGGGCGCUUCUGCUAUCCAGAGUUUUCCAGUGAAGAUGAAGAUGAUGAGGAGGAGGAAGACACUGAUAAAGACGAUGAUGAGCAUGAGAGCUGGGAUGAAAGUGAUGAGGAGUUACUGGCCAUGGAGAUCCGUAUGCGAGGUCAGCCACGAUUUGCAAACUUCCGUGCAGCCACGUUGUCUCCCGUGCCAUUUGCUGCUGGGAAAAAAUGGAACACUGUGCCACUUCGCAACCGCUCGCUACAGAGAAUUUGUGCAGUGGACUAUGAUGAUAGCUAUGAUGAGAUCUUGAACGGAUACCCCUCAAUGGAGUCCAACGGAAGUCUUCUUCCCUAUGGUCCCCAUGACAUCCAAGGCAGUGCUUUCCUGUCAACUUCAGAAUCAGCUACUUCUCCUGAAUCAUCAUCGUCACUACCAGAGGAUUCUCAAACAAUUUCCAGCAGUGGGGGCAGUGCCCACUCUGCCAUUAAAAGCGGAUUGCAGUCACCCAAAACUUGUCAACCACCUCGUCUGUGUACUUCUUCAAAAAACAAGGAGUCUGUCAACAGAGCACUGAGUCCUGUCAAGAUGGCUGAAACACACAAGGCUAUACUAGCCAUUAGAUUAGAAGAUCAGGAUGGCAGAGAAGGUAUGCCAAUGCCCCAAGCCCUCCCUGGUCAACCAGUCACUAUAAGUUUUAGUCCCACAGAGGAGCAAGCUAAACCAUAUCGGGUAGUAAAUUUGGAAAAAUCAAUGAUAUGUAAGCCUUAUACUGUAGUUGAUGUGUCAGCAUCCAUGGCCAACAAAGAUGAACAGAUGUCAGAUUCUUCCUCACAACCCAAAAACUUGUCAAAGCCUUCCAGUCCUACAUCGUUCUGUAGCACAUCUGUAGUCCAGCCCCUCUCUCCAAAGUCCCCCAUUUUCCCUUCUUCUUUUUUAACGUCAACAUCACCUUCCUUUGCUGCUCUGUCUCCCCAAAAACAGCCAGGCAACAUACGCUACCAGGAGGUGUGGACUUCAAGUACAAGUCCUCGCCAAAAGAUACCUAAAAUGGAUCUAGGAGGUGGAAGUAAUUCAGGCCCCACUAUCGCAACUCAGCUCUGCAGUCACAAGUCAGCGCCUACUUCUCCUAUCGCAGGAUUGUCUUCCUCCCGCACCGUACCUGUGAAAUCCCCUAACUUAUCAGAGAUCAAAUUCAACAGUUUCAAUAAUGCAGGUAUGCCUCCUUUUCCCAUUAUUAUUCGAGAUGAGCCAGCCUAUGCUCGCAGCUCGAAGAAUGCUGUCAAGGUACCUAUUGUCAUAAAUCCAAGUGCAUAUGACAACCUAGCUGUGUAUAAGAGCUUCUUGGGACUCCAUGGGGAACUUCCACAGCCAAAAGGGCUUGAAAGUAGGGUAGCCAGCCACACAUACGAAGAGAUUGGAUCCUCUGAGAGUGUCCAGUCCUCCACAACAGAGAAGACACUUUCUGGUAGAGGCACAUCAGAGCGAGCUUCAUUUGAAGAGAUGAAAUUUCCAUUUGAAGCAAUGUCAAAAGCACCAAAUUUGCAACCUAGAGCCACUACAGAUUCUAGCACUGUGUCAAGCACUGUAAUAACCUCCACAGCUGGGUCCCUCUCUCCCACUACAUCAGCAAAUACUCCUGCCAAUCUUGCCAUAACUGCAAAUAUAACUAAAACCAGCCCUAUUAAUAAUGCUGUUGCACACUCUCAUAAGACAAGUGGAGAUGCUACUUGCAGUAAAGAUGAUGACACAUGCAUAACAAUGUUAAGCCAUAGGGAGGAGGCCAGUACUGUGCUAUCACAGAUUGUGGCAUCCAUCCAGCCUCCGCAAUCCCCUCCAGAUUCACCCUCAGCACAGUCCAAGACUUUCAGCUCUGAGGAGCUAUAUGCCCUCCCACCUGAUGCCAUGAAGGAGACACUAAGUCGACCCAAGUCUCUCUUUUCCACCACUGAUGGCUGUCUUUCUAAGCCAAAGAAGGACAACCCCUCAAAAGUUCUGUCCAAAUCCCAGAGUGCCUCUGCUUCUGUGACACUCUCCAGCCCCCGGUCAGAGCCCAAUGCUCCUUUCCCCCCUCCAAGAUCCACAUCUUCCCCUUACCAUGCUUCAAACAUACUCCAGAGACAUUUUGGUCAUUGGACAAAGAGCUCUGCUUCUAGCUCUCCUGUACGACCCAGUGAUGGUGAAGGAAGCCCCGGUGGAGAGGGGAGGCGCAUUUCUUCGGAAAGCUCCAAGCCUAAACGCUGGAUCUCCUUUAAGAGCUUUUUUCGGCGACGGAAAGACGAGGACGAGCAGAGAGAGAAGAUAGAGAAAGAUAAAGAGAAGGGCAAACUGGUCGGCCUUGAUGGAACAGUCAUUCACGUGCUUCCACCACCACCUGCCCAGCAUCAACACUGGUUCACUGAGGCCAAACCAGAGGAUCCCACCCAGAAACCCACUAUUAUUUUCACCUACAAACCAGACUCUGGUAGCAAUCGUAGCGAUGGAGAAGGAGAACUACGAGUAGAGGAAUGCAGAGAAACUGAUUUAAUAGCAACUGAUGAGAGCAAGGAAAGUGCAGGGCAAACGCCAUCCCCAGAAACCCAUGAAAGAGAUGUUCUCAGCAAGGACCUCAGCCAGGUACCAGCCAGCAAAGCCAGGGAUCGGGAGCUGCCCGCUGUCACCCUCCUGCCUGCUAAAGUGAAUCUGGGGCUGGUGUUCGGGGAGAGAGAGGAGGGCCAUGCCAGCCAGGCUGUCACUCCAGCUUCAGCCAGCGAGUGCAGCGCCAGCCUUGGAGAGCCUGAGGAGGAUGGGAAUCUCUCUCAUUACUCCCACUCUCCUGCCUCCAGCCGGUGCAGUGCCACCUACAGCAACCUGGGUCAAUCUCGAGCCAACAUGAUCCCACUGAAGCAGCCACGGCACAUCAAAGCAUCCAAUGACACCUUGGCCUCCAUUGACCUGGAUUGCCCCAUUGACCAGCCAGCACCCAAAGCCACACCACCACCGCUUCCCAAAAAGGCUGUUCCUCGCUCAAGCACUGAACCCAGCUUGGGAGGAAAAGAGCCCAUUCAGGGAGCCCUUAGACCUCGAGCAGAGGCUAAACCAGGGGGUACCAACCUGAGUGUGGCCAAUCCUCUCUAUGACUUAGACUCCACCUGGGAGACAGGGAGCCAGAGCUCCUCUCUCAGCUCUGAGCCUCAUCGAGCCCCUGACCACGAGAGCGGUGACUCUUUAGACAGACCGUCAGCUAACACAGCUAGCAGCAAAAGCUGCCUGACCACCAGCGCCUCCUCCCUCGUCCCCCAGCCUGCACCUGUUGCACCCAGUCCUGCCUCCAGCAGGGAGAGGAGGGUCUUCCCAAGCACAGAGUCUCUGGUGGGAAGAGGUCAAACUGCAGGCAGAGGCGCUGCUGGAGGAGGAACAUCCAAACCACAUCGACCUGCUCUGUACAGGGGGUUGGACAGCUGGGAUGAGGUGGUGGGGAGGAUCCGGGGGCUCCACAUGGAUACCCUGCAGAAGUUGGCAUCAAAGUGCGAGGAUCGUUUCAUGGCUGGCCAGAAGGAUCACGUGAGAUUUGGCACCGACAGCUGGUCACACUUCAGGCUGACGACUGGUAAACCUUGCUGUGAGGCAGGGGAUGCUGUUUACUACACCGCCUCUUACGCCAAGGACCCCCUUGUCAACUACGCCAUCAAGAUCUGUCGUAGCCACGUCAAGGAGACCCAGCAGCAGUUUUUCCACAGCCUGGCAGUGAGACAAAGCCUGCCUGUACACUUCAACAUCCAGCAGGACUGUGGACACUUCCUAGCUGAUGUCCCCACCCGACUGCUUCCCUGGGUUGAGGAAGAAGGGGAUGAGGAGGAGAAAGAGGAUAAGGAAGAAAAAGGAUUGACAGAGAAAGAGAAGGAAUUUAAGAUGGAUGCAAAAAUGACAGACUCUAAAGCAUCAGCCCCCAAUGGUAAAUUAGAUGAAACCUCAGCAGCAGGCAACAUGAACAUGGCGGGCUGCCUGAGGAGCCGAGUGGUGGUCAUAACACGUGAGGUUCCUUUCCAGACGGUGGCUGAUUUUGUCAGAGAAGGCAUGAGCAGACACACUCAAAACCCAGAGCUGUAUGAGCGUCAGGUCUGCCUCCUGCUGCUGCAGCUGUGCUCCGGCCUGGAGCACAUGAAGCCCUAUCAUGUGACCCACUGCGACCUGAGACUGGAGAACCUGCUGUUGGUCCAGUGCCAACCUGGCAACCCUUGGAAUCUGGACAUACUUGAGCCCAACAACAACAGCAGCGGCGGAGGCGGCUCUGGUGCCACCGCCGCCAGCACUGCCGCCAACGCCACAUGCCCUGCCCGCCUCAUCAUCAGCAACUUCUCACAAGCCAAACAGAAAAGCAAUCUCAUAGCUUCUGACCCCGGAACUCUGUGCGACCAGUCGAGGCUGGCACCAGAAAUCAUCACCGCUACGCAGUACCGCAAAUGUGACGAAUUCCAGACCGGGAUUCUCAUCUACGAAAUGCUGCACCAACCCAACCCAUUUGAGGAGACACCGGAGCUGAAGGAGCGGGAGUACACCUGGGCCGACCUGCCACUGCUGCCUGUCAGAUCUCUGUACUCACAGGGUCUGCAGCAGCUGGCCCGGUUACUGCUCACCGUCAACCCCUCGGAGAGGAUCCGGAUGUCUGAGGCCCGAGCCUGCCUGCAGUGCCUCCUCUGGGGCCCCCGGGAGGACUUGUUUCUGGCGCUUGGCUGCAGCAGCACAGGCCCCAUGUCGGGUGCCACGGCGAGCCACCGAGAAGCCACGUUGCAGAACUGGCUGGACCUGAAGAGGACACUGAUGAUGAUCAAGUUUGCAGAACGCUCACUGGACACGGCCUGCAGCGUGAGCCUAGAGGACUGGCUGUGCUGCCAGUAUCUGGCAUUCACCACCACGGACACGCUGAGCCGGGUGGUCCACAUCCUGCAGCAGCCGCAGCAGCAUCCCCCACCUCACAACCAGAACCAGCCAGCGCAGGUGGCGCCUAACCAAACACAUGUCACACACACCCUCCAUUUGGCUCAGUCACAGCCGCUCUGAGUUCCUCUGCCUAACUGUUACCAUGGCAACAGAUCCAACUUCCCCUGUGUGGUCCCUCAGCUCAUGCUUAAGUGUGAUGUAAGCUAAUAGUGAGCUUUGUUGUUGCAGCAGCCUGUGCUCACCUCACAGCCGGGUGAGCAGGGUCUGCGUUUUUCAUCAGUCCUCACAGUGAGGGGCCAAUCCCAUCAAACAAACAGCUCGGCUUCACCAUCAGUGUGCACAUCUUCACACAUCUUACACUCAAAUAAAAACUAGAUUCAAGACUUUAGCAAAUGUGCUAUGAGGUAUUUUAAGAUUUAUUGUUUUAAAAAAGUUCUGCAAGGCUGUAAAGCUUAUGUGAGUUUUUGUAGCCUUUCCAUGAUGUAUUUUAACAACAAACAGUUCUUCAGAUCUUGUGAGGACUUAAACAAAAAACAUGAAGAGAGGCUAUUUAAAAUGAAGGGGAUUUAGAAAAACAGUGUUUCAAAAGUUUACUAAAAGACAUAUUAAUUAGACUGAUGCAAAGGUGUUAACCAACGAAGCCAAAGAUCAGCCUCAGCCCCUCCACUAAAAGAUACUUAAACAGGUUUUUAGCAGAAAUGCUUUUUCAUUGCACAACAGAGCUGGACAUAAGUAAAAGCAGGUAGAUUAUAGAUACUGAUCAGCUUAGAUGUUUGUAAAACUGAGACUUAAAAAUUCAGUUGCCAGGCUGGUGUUGAAUUUAGCUUUUUACAUGUUGGAUUGUAGCAACUUCACACUUGUGCACAGAGCUCCUUAAGUAUUAAACUCCAGUUUUUCCCCGGUUGCUGUUUUGGUCUCUCGUCGGAGUAUGUGCAAUUAUUGUCUUUGUUUUAUUUCUUCUGGAGGUAAAAGCAUAAUAUUGUCUUUACUGUGUCUGUUAUUAGUCUCUUCCUUUAGUUUUGUGGCACAUAAACUGAUUUUGUUUCAGUCCUGCAAGUUCAGAACCAGUUAAAUGAGUGGAUGGGAUGCUUCAGGGACUGCAAAAAGUUCUUCCUGGUCUGUUUUGUCUUGUCAGAUUGUUUUUUUUAAAGGUUUCUGCGUUACGGAUGAUAUUUGCACAUUCAGUCUGAGCGGUGGCAUCUCCAUGGAUACUGGAAGCCCUGUUGAGACUGACAACAGGAGACGACUGAGAAAGAUUCCUGUGAAUCUGAGGAUCUGGAUCGCAUUUAUGUUUGCAGACUCUUCCGGCUGAAAUAAACAUAAGGACCUUGCCUAGUCCUCUUUGGACACACAUUUUCCAGUUCAACCACUUUUUUUCACAUUUGAACCCGCGUUCAAGACAGCAUUGAAGAGACCGCAUCUGCUCAACCAAUCAGAUUUGCUUCCCUUCCUUUCUUCCAAUUUCCCAUUCUUUUGUUAUCCAGCCAAUCACAGAGCAGAUCCUUCAUCCACACCACCUGCUUGUCAGUCAACAAACUAAUUCUGCUUUAAUUAAAUGAGCUCUGUUAUUGAUCAGGGCCUUCCAGCAUGGAGUCGGUGGACGGCAGUUUAGGUACACAAACCUCUGCUUCCUCCAUUUUCAGUUCAUCUUUGCAAUCCAGACUAAAUCCUUUGAACAAGCCUUGCUUUUAGUUACGUUUAUUUUUCCAUAUGCAAAAACUGCAACGGAUCAAACGUCAUGGUCCAGAGUGAAAAGGAAACAAAGCAGAAGUUGUUUUGUUGCUGUGUCAAAAGUGUAUUGAGGAAUGUUUGUGGGACAGCACUGGUGGCUGACCUUGUAUCCAGAGAUUAAAGCCUUUAUAUAGUAUAAAUAUAACCUUUAUCUACUUUAAUCCACACUUUAUUUUGUUGAGUACAGAGCACCUCUAUUUCCAUCUAAUCAUUUAUCCAUUAAAGUUUUACUUGACUUUCUUCCACCACGCAUGUUUUGGGGGAAGAAGAAGAUGAGUAGUUGUCACUGUCCUUCACAAAGGAUAAAUCAGAGAACAUCACAUAUGAACAUUCAGAUCGAUGUACAGUGUUUUUACCCCUCUUUUAAAUUUACCUGCUUAGGAGAAAAACCACUUUGGCCGAAGAAUGACUUUUGAACUCAGCAUUGAAACUUGGCAUUCAUCAACCCCACACGGAGAAAAGAUGUUGCUUUCUUGUUGUCGUUGCAUUGUUGAUUGCCACUGAACCCGAAAAGUUGGCGCUCUAUAUGGCUUUCUAUAAAUACGUGUACAGUUUGUGUCCUGGCCUGCCGCUAUAUAUUGAUCAAGUUAACCAGCUGUAACAGAACAAUAAAUAUAUGUUUUUAUAAAUA